AUGUGCCUUGUGCACACAAUUUUGGUCUGGAGACCGACUUGUGGAGCUGAGAGCGCGUUCUCACUUGGUUCGUGCUGGUCAAUCAACAGCGGCAUCUGGAUGAAUAUGAUCGGGUCUAUUGUCUCCGCGGUGACAGAUUUCGGUCUAGCUCUGAUUCCAAUUUACUCGGUAUGGGACUUACAAAUGGUCAAACGGGAGAAAGCCGGCGUCGCGAUUGCUAUGAGUAUCGGUGUGCUGGCAGGAAUCGUUGCUGUUCUCAAAGCUGUGGAAGCUCUUGAAGUCACGAGAGUUGUCGGAACUGAGUUUUCUCGCCGGCUUGCCGUCUUGAGCAUUUGGAUUCACGCAGAACCCAAUGCGACGAUUGUUGCAGCCUCCAUACCGGUACUGAGAGUACUGAUACGGGAUGUUGCAAAAUCAUUUGCAUCCUACCAUCCCUCUGCUGCACACUACGUAAAAUCCGACGGAGUCUUUCAGAGUGCCAACCUCUCGAAUGUACGAGCAACAAGUAUCAACAGCGAUCUUGAUAGCGAGACAGUGAUUCUUCCUAUCUUCAAGCCAGGAACGGAAGCGGAUGAUCGAUAUCGAGCCGAGGGCCAGGAAGCUGUCGAACUUCGUAAGCUUCAUGCACACGUACCUUCGGGGUAG